AUGUCCGAGUCGACACGGAAGCGCUCCCGGCUCGCGUGCUCAUUAUGCCAGUCGCGAAAGCGAAAAUGCUCCGGUGGCCAGCCGUGCAGUACAUGCGCCCAAACGGGGGCUGAGUGUCAAUACAGCGCGCGCAAGAAACGCGCCAGGUCACAUAGCGUGUACCAGAGCCUCACCCUCGAGGAACGUCUUCCCGAUGGCUUCUCCAAUUCAAUUCAAACCCCUCUCGCUGCGGGAAGUGCGCCGCAAGCCUCCCCCCGACAGCCAGGCAAUGCGGCGGAGGUGACAUCGAUACAAGCGAACUCGGGGGCGGCCUUCGUUCGCAAGUUGGGGUUGCGAAUUGACCCAGCGCAUGCGCCGAGACUGCAUCUGUUCGCGUGGAACGUGGGCGAGAGACGGCUGUCGCCAUCGCUGCCGUCGUCGCUGUCUUCGAUACCCGCCACGGCGUCAGCGCCGGCGAGCAUAACCAGAGUCAUCUCCGGCGAGGAGAUGCGGCGGCUGGCGGCGAUCUAUUUUGAAAAAGUCGAUCCAUGUUAUGCAUUUCUGGACCGCAAGGUGGUUUUCCAGCGGGUGACGAAACGCUGGGAGCGUUCGCAGCUGCCCACUGAUUCGAUAGACAACUACGACGCCGUGCUAUGUGGUAUCGCCGCCUUUGGAUAUCUGUUCUCACGGCUCGAGAUCAUACCGACAGAGACCCAACUCAUCGACACUGCGCGACAUAUUCUAGACCGGAGCACCCUCACCGCUGAAACGCCAUCCAUUGAUAUAGUGACGGGCUGGGUGUUGCGCGCUGCAUACUUGCGCAUGACGGCUUCACCGCAUGCAGCAUGGAUGGCCAGCUGCACACUGAUGCACCUGAUUGAAGCGGCAGGCUUGCACCUCGAGACCCCAGAUCCAGAGACAGCGGUUCUCCUACCUGCCUCACCAGCCGAUACACAAGAUAGCACCGAAGCACACACCAGCGACCAGGGCACUAAUGACCCCGAAACUCGACGGAGGCUUUUCGGCAUGGCCCGCCAUCUCAACACCUGGAUCUCUUUUGACCUGGGCCGCUCUCGGGUUGUUCUACACGGUGCCACCGCACUCUCAACCACACCCAUCACCCGCAAUCCACCAAGCCAAGGGCCGGCCCGAGCCCGCGCAGACCUUUUCCAUCUCCUCCCACUUUCCGAAAGCCUAGACCCAACAGGGCCAUCUCCCCAAGACCUCCCAGAACUCGAGCAAGCCCUCACCUCCGUCCUCGACCUCAUCUACUCCGAACCAUCCCUCAUCCUCGUCCAAUGUAAUCUGAUGCUCUGCAUCUACCGCAGACUCCGCGCCCUCAACCCCCAUGGCCCCCUCUCUUCAUCCCUCCUCGACCGCGUCCUCGCACUCGCAGGCCGCGGUCUCCGCGCCGCACGGGGAAUGGUAGCCUCCACCUGUCCCUGGCACCAAGUAGCCAACGUCCCCUUCCAAGUCGUCUGCAGCCUCCUAGCCAUCGACAACAAAGCAGCGCUGAUCCUCCUUACCGACGCAAUGCGGACUCUGCGCGAGGUUCUCGCCGCCUACGAGACGUCUUCCAUGCGCGAAGCGUACUCCACUGCUUAUUUGCUGAUCGCCUUGCAUCAGCGAAGAAAAGAGGACGAUACGCGUGCGCUUGCAGAGGUUCUGCGGGCUAAUGCUGCGGCGGCGGCGCCGGUGGCUGAUCUGGACAAUUCGACUCUGGGCACGGAGCCUGCUGUGGAUGAAUCGGGCCGUGGUAGGGCACAUGUCCAGAUGCCGGGUGAGUCGGCGCCGUCUGAGACAGAGUUCUCGUGGUUGGGCGAUCUGAUGAUUGAUAUGCCCAGCUUACAAAACUUUGAUCUAGAUCAGUUUUUGUUGACUGAUGUUCCAUGGCCGUUGCCUGAGAUGGGGAUCUAG